CGCCGUAGGCGGCACCGUCCCGCCGGGCGCUCGGUGGCACCCGGGCUACCACGCGCCAGAGCGUCAGUCAGUCGUCUGUGAAUCGCGCGUGCAUGUCUACGUCUUCGCCGUCACUGUCUGUUUGCCUCCAUUGUCGUCGACGCUGAUUGACGAAUAUCCGUACACCCUGAACAGUCAUUUUCACACCGCAUAAAUACAGCUCAAGAUUAUUUCUCGUCUGCAACGAUCACAGACGAUCGUUGGCAAUUAACUUCAAUUGCAUUCGGGACAUCAGCCCAAAGCAGUAGCGCGACAUCACCUGUCGUGAUAUUAUAUUGGAAUUUGGUCUUCGAAAGCUGUUGAAAGCUGUACUUGCAACCAUGAAACUUCAAUCAUUUUCGUCGGGUGGCAGCACGCCAUCGCCACGAGAAUUUUCGAUGUCGCCGACAGCUGGCACCAGCGUCCAGUGGUCGCAAUGGAACAGCGCGUUCUAUCCAGUUAGCUCGGCUGUCGACAUGCCGUAUCCCGCGAUGGUCACAAACACCCACAUGAUGCCCUACCAGUAUAUGAACUUCCAAAAUAAGCCGUACGUCACUGUACCGUACCCACCGAUAUUCCCUCAAAGUAAUCCGUUCCACCCCACCAACAUCAGCAUCGAAUACCAGCGCCAGGUCCAGCUGCAGUUCCAUUACAUUCAGCAGCAGCAACAAUAUCUGUUCCGCCAGCAGAUGUCGCCGGACAGAGCCAGCCUGGACACGGCCGGCCAGACACCCGAGAUGGCUAAAAACGAUGAAGUUUCUGAAACUCCAUUGAACUUAUGCAUAAAAAAACGGAGUCAAGAAAUUUGGUCACCUGGAAGUUUGUGCGAGAAGGAAAAGUCGCCUGUAGCCAAGGAAACUUUAACAGACAAUGUAUUGGGAGUAGAGAGAUCUUUCCAGUGUCAGUUGUGCUACAAGGUUUUCAAGCGUUCUUCGACGCUCUCGACUCAUCUGCUGAUUCACUCGGAUACGAGACCGUAUCCAUGUCAGUAUUGCGGCAAGCGGUUCCACCAGAAAUCGGAUAUGAAGAAGCAUACCUAUAUUCAUACUGGUGAGUACUAUUAUAAUAUUCAGUUAUCUUUUAUAGUAGAUGGUUUUAAUAAUUGGAAAAAAGCAUCUGAAAAAUUUCAGUCCCAUGAAAACAGUAAAAUGCACGUCAACUCUAUACAUUUUCUUUUAAGUAUUAAUACUAAUGUAUCAGUCAUUUCUUUAUUAUCAAAACAAAAAAUUGAAGAACAAAAAAAUGCAUCCACAGCCUUAUUAACAAUUAUUAGUACUUUGCGAUACCUUAGUCAGAUGGGAAUAAGUAUUAGAGGUCAUUCUCAUAAUGAUGGCAAUUUUAUUUCCUUAUUAGAAGAAAGAUGUGUAGAUGUUCCAUGCUUAAGAUAUUGGAUACAACAGAGAAAUAAUUGGCUUAGUUCAGAUAUUCAGAAUGAAAUAUUAGAAAUAAUGUCAUUAAAUUUACAGCGUGAACUUGUGCAAUCAAUAACAAAAUCAGAAUACUUCUCUAUAAUUGCUGAUUCAACUACUGAUAUUUCGUCUACAGAACAGUUUUCAUUAUGCAUUCGCUAUGUUGAUUCAAAUUUUGAAGUACAUGAAGUAUUUACUGGUUUAUAUAAUACACCUGAUAGUAAAGCAUUAACAUUUUUUGACACAAUAAAAGACAUAUUAAUACGAUUUACUUUAUCUACAUCAAAUUUAAGAGGCCACUGUUUUGAUGGAGCUGCCAAUAUGUCUGGGAAAUUGAAUGGGGUGAAAAAAUUAAUUGAAAAUAUUCAGCCAAAAAGUUGUUUUGUACACUGUAGUAAUCAUUCACUGGAUUUAGCAUUACAAGAAGUUGCAAGAAAAAAUAGUGCUAUGUGUGAUACCUUCACUAUGAUCAGAGAUGUAUCAAAUGCUAUUCUUGAAUCUGCUAAGAGAAAAAAACAAUUAGCAAAAGUAUUACAAAAUCCUAAAUUUUGUGCAUCAGAUUCAAUUAAAGCUGCAGAUACAUUAAAGAAAACAUUACUAUCAUUCAGAAGUAAUGAAUAUUUUGAAAAGAUAUUAAAUACCGUGAAUUUAAAUGCUGAAAUAUAUGAAUUAGAACCACUUGAUGACACUAAGCGUAUCAAAAAAACACCAAAACGACUUCAAUAUACAAGUAACCCUCCUACAAAAUUAUCACCAAUAUGUGAAUUGAAGAAAGAUAUGUUUGAAAUAAUUGACUAUUUGAUAAAUGAAAUUGAUAGGCGUUUUAAUCAACAAGGUCUAAAAAACUUGGUUAAAUUAGAACACAUACUUGUAGAUCAAAACACAAGAACUCACCAAGAACUUACUAAUUGUUUAAAUAAUAUGAGUGAGGAUUUUGACAUUAAUAAACUCCAUGCCCAGCUUAUUAUGUUACCGUCUAUAGUAUCUAUCACUAGUAUUUCAGAUAUUAUAAAUCAUUUGAGAAAUGAAUAUUCAAAUGUAAAAGAUUCUUUGUUUUCUGAAAUCACCAAGCUUAUUAAAUUAAUUUUAACAAUACCAGCAUCUGCAGCGACUGCUGAACGUUCUUUUAGUGCAUUGAGAAGACUAAAAACAUAUCUGAGGUCCACAAUGACCCAAAAGAGAUUAACUCAUUUGAUGAUUUUACACGUUCAUAAGUCUAUGACAGCAAAAAUUGAUUUGAAGUUAAUUGCCAAAGAAUUUGUUUCCAGAACUUCAGAAAGGAAAUCAAAAUUUGGAAAUUUUUAUUAA